AGUUGCAGACCUAACACUGAUUUGAGCUGGAUAAUUUCAAAGCAAAUGCAAGCUUUCACAAAGGAAAACAUCAUGGAAGGAAGGGGUUAAGGACCUCUGUCCAUUAUGCUGAGAUGGGAGAAUUCAUCAUCCAUCGUUACGUCAUAUUUUUGAGCAGACAGGAAGAUCUGUAGAUAACUCCGAGCUAGUGCUACUUUCUUGGAACUUCUUUGAAAGUUUAUUGCUGUGAACUUGGCAGCCAACAUGCUCACUUUCCUCACAAGGAAAGUGCCCAUGCCCACUUCUCUGGACCCCAUAUUCUACUACCUCCUCUUAAAUCUUUGGUUUUGUGUAACGGCUUGGCCUCACGGGGACAACUGCCCAAGCUCUAAGUGGAGCGUCAUGUGUCGUCCAUGUUGUGAGUACCAGCUGAUCCAGUGUCGGUGUCCCUCAGAAGGGUCGAGGGUAGGCUACACUGUUCCCUGCUGCCGCAAUGCUCUGGAUCAGUGUGACCCCUGUAUCUUUCAUCCAGGCUGCAGUCUGUUUGAGAACUGUAAAACCUGCCACAAUGGAACAUGGAAAGCCAAUGAUGACUUCUUUGUCAAUGGAAAGUAUUGUAGAAAGUGUCGCCAAGGCUGGAGUGGAGGGGACUGUAAAACAUGUGGUGGUGUCAUUCAGCGGUCUCAGGGUCACAUUGCCCUGGAGAGCUACCCAACAAAUGCCCGAUGUGAAUGGACAGUUCAAGUGGAGAGGGACAGCAAGAUCGAGCUGAGGUUUUCACAGCUCAGUCUGGAGUCUGACCAUAACUGUGGUUAUGACUAUGUUGAGGUGCGUGAUGGCCACAGUCUGAGCUCCCCUGUGUUUGGCCGGUUUUGUGGGGACCAGCUGCCUCCUCCAAUAAAAACCUCUGGGAAUGUCUUGCACAUCCUGUUCACCUCAGAUGGCUACAACAACUUUGAUGGCUUUGUUCUCACUUUUCAGGAGAGUUCAGUUUCAGGCAUCAAGAAUCCAGUGUGUUCACUCCCAGAGCAACCAGUGAAUGGAUAUUUGCUGCUUGUACAUGGUCAAAAGGAGGAGCUUGUAUCUGUAAACUACCGGUGCCAUUCAACUUUCACACUGAUCGGCUCCCAGCAGAGGAACUGUCUGCCUAAUGGCACAUGGAGUGGCACUGUUCCCAAAUGUGUAAAAGGCCAAACAAGCAGAGUCCAGUGCCCUCCUCCACCCAAAUUGCUCAAUGGCUACCACAGAUCUGUUCCUCACCAAGCUGGAGGUGCAAAGACAGUUGAGUUUUUCUGCAAAAAGUCCUACAUGCUGAGUGGAAACCACCAGAGUACCUGCGUCUCUAAUGGCUCCUGGAGUGGCAGGCCGCCCAAGUGUGUGAGAGCAUGUCGAGAGCCCAGAGUGUCAGAACUUGUUCGACAAAGUGUUGUGAAGCCACAUCUGAUAUCAAGAGAUAAUCGAGACCAAAGACUCAAAUUCUCAUCCAGGUACAACAUGCACGAUUUGUUGUCAGCUGGUUUUAUUCCACUUACAUUCGACAAACAGUCAAAAAAAGAUGACACUGCCUUUGUGGAGCUUCCUCGUGGCUUUCAUCCAGUCUACACAAGCAUUGAGUACAAGUGUGCCUCCCCGCUGUACCACCACACAGGAAGCUCCCGACGCACAUGUCUGAAGACUGGCAGAUGGAGUGGACGCCAUGUUUCCUGCUCACCAGUGUGUGGCAAAUUCGACACUUUCAGUCUACACAACCUCACAGACACUCAGUGGCCGUGGCAUGCAGCCAUCUAUAUCCGCUCGCCUCCUGAUCAUACUGCCAGCACCCAAAGGCCCCGUGGAUUAACCACAUCUAUCCAGCAGGGGGCCUCAGAGGAGUCCACAUUCUGGUACCUGGCCUGCAGCGGGGCUCUGCUCACCCAGCGUAGUGUCCUGGUGCCAGCUCAGUGUGUGGUAGACAAGGACAUGCAGCAGACCCUUCACCCAGCACAAGUGAAGGUUGUCAUAGGCAUGCGGUACCAGACAUCCAAGGAUCGGCCGAAAAGCCUGCACCACCUCAGGCAGGUUUCAGACAUUUUAGUCCAUCCAAACUUUUACUCUGCACCAGACUCUGAUGUGGCUGUACUCAAGCUAAAAGACAAGGCCAAGAUUAGUGAGAGUGUGUUGCCAGUGUGUCUACCCAAAAUGCAAGGAGGAGAGGUGACAGCGCAGGAGGCUUACACUGCGAGGUGGAUUUUACCAAACGAUUACAGCCACCUGAGCCUCUACACUCCCUUAAGCCAGACGAAACUUGUUGAGUUGGACGAUGUUUCGCAAUGCGAAAGAGAAUUUGCUCAAGGAGGAGCACAUACCACACUGAUUGGUGACAAUACACUGUGUGUCAUUAGGAAGCCGUCCAGUCUUCAAAGCCCUUGUCCCAGCAUUGUUCCAGGCAUCACAACCAUGGCAGCUGUGAUUUCAUCCACAAGUGGUAUCUUGUCAGGACACGAAGGGACUCAGGGAAUCUCCAGCACACACUGGGAGCUUCUUGGUUUAGAGAGUUUCAGCUAUAAAGAAAAUAAUUGCCACCAACAUACUUACACAGUUCAGAUACGAAUAGCCAACUUUCGAGAUUGGAUAGAGAAAAACAUGUAGAUUUUUUUUCUCAAAAUGCCUCAAUUUAACUCUCUUAAAUGGUCAUUUAUUUCCAGUUUUGUAAAUCUCACAGUUGGUGGAAAUGGUGGAGAUGAAGGAGACAGAGAGAACACAACAUUUGCUGUGAUCAUUUUGUGUCAAUAUCAUAUAAGAUGAGAUAUGUUGGCACCCUACCUGUAUCUUUUAUGUGUGCAUGUUAUUGUUCUGUAUUGGGGCUACCCCCACUUCAAACAACUGGAUGUCACCAUGUGUUUGUGAGAAUUAAAUUUGGAAAAUAAAAAUGGUUCUUCUCCA